ACUGCGCAUGAACAUUAAAAUCUUAGGAUCCUCCAAUAACAGAAAGCAUUACAUUUUUUUCUUUCAGUUUUUAAGAAGAAUCUGCGGCAUAAUGUAUGUGACAAGGCCAUUCUCAUGGUACAAAAAGUCUCCUGCAGAUCUUUCAUUGCCUCCUCCUGAAGGUCCAAAUUCAGGUAUUCUUGUUAUUCAAGAUGAAGAACCCAAAUUCUGUUUGAAUUUGUUCAAGAGUGAUAUGAUUCAAGAUCUGCCUCUUCCUCAGAACAAAAGUCUAGAGCUUUACUAUGCACAAGGGUUUUAUCCAUCAAGAGAACUUCAUUUCUUCAAAGUUUUAUUCAUUCCAGUUCUCAAUCUGCCCCUGUCUUCCAAUCAGUACUAUGCAAUAUAUCCAUAUGGGAAGGAUAGAGGGGAAGGGUACACAAGUUCAAAAGUGGAUGAAAUAGACAUGGACCCUGCUUGUUGCUUCAGCAGCUGUCCUAAUGAUGUACUGCCGCAACGAUUUGAUCCCCAAAACAUUUACCAGCAGUAUCAGAUUGAUAUUCACAAAAAACUUGUGAACAUUUCUGGGGGCUUUGCUGCUAAGUCUAUGGCUAAAGACGGUUGUCCGCCAGAUGCAUUGUCGAGAAGAGGGUGGAAGCUCACUUGCUCAACGGCAAGUGAGUUUGAAUUAGUUGAUGCACAAGGCCUAGACACUGCUCUCCGUUCCCAACUUCCUGGUUUUGAUUUCCCAUUAAUGAAUGUGGUUGUAGGGAAGUGGUACUGUCCAUUCAUGUUUGUCAAGGAAAUGAGGCCUUUGAAAUCAAUGUAUUAUGAGAUGACACUUGAGCAGAGAUGGAAACAAAUAUUUGUGAUAGAGAGUAGUAAGGAACAUGGUAUAGGCAAUGCUGUGAAUGUGGAUGUUGUUAUGCAAAGUGAGGUGGUUGUGGUUGUGGUAGGAGGGAGGGAGAGGGAGUGUGAUGAGAAGAUAGUUGAUGAUGGGGUAAUGUGGUUCAAGAGUGUCAGCAAUUUGGGUGAAGAAACAAGAGUUGGGUUGAGCUUGGCAAUUGUGGAGAGGAUGAAGUGGGAGCAAGAAAGGGUUGGGUGGGUUGGGGGAGAUGAAGCAGGCGAUGUGAGAGUGGAGAGAGUUGAGAAAUAUGGAGGGAUGGGGCAGUGGAAAAAGUUUGCAUGUUUUGUAUUGGUAGAGAAGUUUAUGUUGAAAAGAAUGAAUGGGAGCUUGUUGAUUAACCAUGAGUUCAAGCACACUCAUAAGAUUAAGUGUAAAUGGGAAUGAAAGAUCAUGUGCUUGUCAUUUUGGAACAAUAUAUAUCUGGGAAAGUAUGUUCUGUUAUUUUUGUAUAUCUAUCAUUGAUUCAAGUUUGAAGAUUUGUGAUCA